AUGCGUUUCUCCGUCAUCUCUGUUUCCCUCCUCUCCCUCUUCGCCUCCUCGGCUCUGGCUAUCCCCUCCGCUUCCGGCACCCUGAGCUGCAGCGAUGUCAGCUCUGAGCUCUCUGGCUACGAGCAGCGUCUCGCAAAGGCCACCGACACCAGCUCUCCCAAGUACCAGGCCGCCCAGAACCUGAUCGACUCUGCCAAGAACCUCGAGUCUGCCGACUGCGGCAGCUCCAGCAAGAGAUCCUACUACCCCCCCGAGAGCACCGGUCUCAUUGGAGAGAUCCUGAACGCUGUUGACUCGCUCGUGACUCGAGGCUCUCGGUCUGUAAACGACCAACCUAUCACCGAGAAGCGCGACGCUCGACGUCGCGCCUGGGAUCGUCCCGAUCAAGUUCCCUCGCAGAGUCGCCGGACGAUGGAGGGAUGCAAUGUUCAGGAUGACCUCGAUCCCACGUGGUCAACCAACGAACAGAACCCAUCAUCACUGGACUCGCUUUGUGAGUUCCUCAGCACUCCUCGGUCAGACCAACAAACUAGUCGACUGGGAGUGCUAGAGUUCACCCAUCCGAACUGUCCACCUGUUUAUCGCAAGAUUGACCAUCAGUGCUUGUUGCGCGACCUUGUCUCUGAAGAAACAAAUCUUACAGAGUCAGGUUCUCUGUAUGGCCGAAUCGUACUGGUUGAGAAUAUAUCGCGUGGUAUCGUGGAAAUCCUGGGCUCGACCCUGGGUAUUGAUCCGUUGUUCUUCAAGGCUCAUAUUGGACGCAAUGGCUGCUCCAGGAAUCCGAUGUUUGAAUAUGCAGAUGAUUCAAGCCAGCAGUUCCUUACGUGCCACUACCCUCGAGCCAUUACGCUGGAGGGCGUACAGGGAUCUGUUGAAUCUGAGAAUUAUGUGAGGCAGAUAAAUGUUGAUAGGGAUGCCCUCCUUCUACAUUCGACUCCAGAAAACACAUUCAAUGCGCUCAUUCAGCAUCGCUGCUCCGUCUGGGUAAAGUCUUAUCAAAGUGGUGGUUGGCUUGCCUUGAUCCUAGUUGACCCACCAGUCCUCAAUGGUGGUUUCCGACUUACCCCAGAAAGUAGUGCAGUGCGUCCCAUUACAACCUCUGGCUGUCGACUCUUCCAGGGUGGCAACGGAGACACCACCGGUACUCUCCUACCUGACGAGGGAAAUCGGCUAUCUGACCCUUUCAGCGAGGGAGAUAGUUCAUCUUGUCCUCCUCGAGACGGACUAUUUGAUGAUCUCAUUUACUACUGGACGAAUAGACCCGCAUCGUUCUUCGACAUCACCAGACCUCCGAUGAGUUUUCUGGCUUACUCCCCCAUCCAGAUAGCCCUCGCCGAAUGGAAGAACAGCCACAUUGCAAUGGUCCUGUUUCUCCGACACUUCGACUCGGAACUGAUCAGAAGGGCAGUCAGAAAGAAGCUUGCCGAAAUCAAGAAAGAUCCUGAAGACUGCACCCGUCCACCCAAGCAAUCUGAGUCUAGCGUCUCGAACUUAACAGGCUUCCGCCGCUGGUUCAUGUCCACCAUCAAUCCUCCUCAAGCUCACGAUAAAACUACCCAGCCCCGCAAGAGCUCUGAAAAGAAAACCCGCAAAAUCUAUCGGUCUGACCCUAUGUUCCAGAUCUUCAUGACCAUGCGAACUUGGAUCAUGCCCAUUAUCACGCAAAACUACCGGGAUAUCAAGUACCUUAGAUCCCAGACAUUAGCCCUUCCACCCAUUAUCGACUCUUAUGAUGACGUUAUUAAUAGCCUAGGACAAUUCGCCUCGGCCCUUGAUACAAUCUUACCCUGUGGUAAGGAGUUCGCCAAUGACCGUACUAACACCAUCAUACCCUACCAGCGUAACUUUUGA